ACAAAGGCCUUGAUCUUCCUUUGCAGAACCAGAAGACGAAGGAGCAGAUUGAGAACCUGCUGCAGAAUGGGAAGCACAAGGAGCUGCGGGACCGCCUGUGCUGCCGGCUGACCUUCGGCACGGCCGGCCUGCGCUCGGCCAUGGGAGCGGGCUUCUGCUACAUCAACGACCUCACAGUCAUCCAGUCCACUCAGGGGAUCUACAAGUAUCUUGAGAGGAACUUUUCAGACUUUAAACAGAGAGGCUUUGUUGUUGGAUAUGACACACGAGGUCAGGUCACCAGCAACUGCAGCAGUAAGAAGCUUGCAAAGCUCACUGCAGCAGUCCUGCUGGCAAAAGAUGUACUUGUGUACUUCUUCUCCACCUAUGUCCCUACCCCCUUUGUGCCCUACGCCGUGCAGCAGCUCGGGGCUGUGGCUGGGGUGAUGAUCACAGCGUCCCACAACCGCAAGGAGGACAAUGGCUACAAGGUUUAUUGGGAAAAUGGAGCACAGAUCACCUCUCCUCAUGAUAAGGAAAUUAUAAAAUGUAUAGAAGAGUGUGUUGAACCAUGGAAUGGCUCCUGGAAUGAAAAUCUGGUAGAUACCAGUCCCCUCAGACAGGAUCCUCUGAAGAAAAUUUGUGACAGCUACAUGGAGGAUCUGACAAAGAUCUGCUAUCACAGGGAGCUUAACAUGCAGAGCAGUUUGAAGUUUGUCCAUACCUCUUUCCAUGGAGUUGGACACGACUAUGUGCAGUUGGCCUUCAAAGCCUUUGGAUUUCAGCCCCCCAUUCCAGUACCGGAACAAAAAGAUCCAGAUCCAGACUUCUCUACUGUCAAAUGCCCAAAUCCUGAAGAAGGAGAAUCUGUGCUGGAGUUGUCACUGAGGCUUGCAGAGAAAGAAGAUGCAAAAGUAGUAGUGGCCACUGAUCCAGAUGCAGAUCGACUGGCAGUGGCAGAACAGCAAGAAAAUGGCUGCUGGAAGGUGUUCACGGGCAAUGAGCUGGCAGCCUUGUUUGGCUGGUGGAUGUUUUCCCGCUGGAAGGAGAACUGCUCCCCAGAUGCUGACGUGAGGAAUGUUUACAUGCUGGCAACCACGGUCUCCUCCAAGAUUUUGAGGGCAAUUGCACUUAAAGAGGGAUUUCACUUCGAGGAAACACUCCCUGGUUUUAAAUGGAUUGGAAGCAGAGUAAAAAAUCUCCUGGAUAAUGGAAAAGAAGUUCUCUUUGCAUUUGAGGAGUCUAUUGGCUUCAUGUGUGGCACAUCAGUGCUGGAUAAGGAUGGAGUGAGUGCAGCUGUGGUCACUGCUGAAAUGGCAACUUACCUGCAGGGCCAGAGCCUGACCCUGGCACAGAAACUGCUUGACAUUUAUGAAACGUAUGGAUAUCACAUAUCCAAGACUUCCUAUUUCCUGUGCUAUGAUCCCCCCACAAUCAAAAGGAUAUUUGAGAGACUCCGGAACUUCGAUGGCCCUCAGUCUUACCCCAAGUCCUGUGGGGUUUACAACAUCUUGCACGUCCGGGACGUCACCACUGGCUACGACAGCAGCCAGCUGAACAAGAAGUCGGUGCUGCCAGUGAGCAAGAGCAGCCAGAUGAUCACGUUCACCUUCCAGAACGGCUGCGUGGCCACGCUGCGCACGAGCGGCACCGAGCCCAAGAUCAAGUACUACGCCGAGAUGUGUGCGCUGCCCGGGCACAGUGACAGAAGUGUGCUGGAAGAGGAGCUCCAGAAGCUGAUUGAGGCUUUGAUUGAGAAUUUCCUGGAGCCUGCCAAGAACGGGCUGACCUGGCGCUCUGCAUAGAGCUCCCAGGAGAGACCCACGGAACAAAGGACCCCGGAGCAGAACCAGUCUCAUCUUUGUGUGUGUGUGUGUUUUUAACAGCUGCAUUCUUUUUCUGUAAAGAAGAAGCAUUCUUUUGUCAGGCUUUUCACCAAACUGGAAUAAGGAGAGGAGGUCAGAGGAAAGGGUAGAAUUUAUUGUUGCAGUUUUCAGUCCUUUUGACCAAAAGUUUAAUUAAACACACCAAUGCAAAUGAACUGCCCUAGUACCUUUGAGGCAGCUGAGCUUAGCUGCUAGAUUUUGUCUUAAACUCAGUUCAGGUACCUAAAACACCUCUUUUUUGUGUGUGAAAAGGUUUUUAAAGUUUUAAAGGAGUAAUCACUCCAAACUGACAACAAAGGCUGCUUCUUCCCCGAAGCUCUGAGACCUUCCAUACCGGUCUGCACUUCCAAAAGCAUUGAAUCAGAGCUCAGCAUUUCUUGUUUAAGCAAAUUGUUGACAUUUCUCAGCUACUUAACAAUUCUUUUGUUGGUGAAGGUGUUCUUGGGCUUUGUAGCUUUCCUGUGUGUGUCUUAAAAGAAUUGGCAGUGAAACAAUAGUGGCAACAGCUGCAGCUCGGGAUUGGAAUUGCCUGGUGCCUUUCCAAGGCUUCCAAAGAGCAUGAACUUGGUCAUUCCGUAGUAAAAUUGCCCCUUCUGACUACCAUAGGCUCUGUAGCUACUUUUUGUCCCACAUCUCUGAAGGGUCUUGGUUUUCUGUAUUCAUUACUUUGAUUAAAAUUGCUGGUCAGUGACUCUUUGGAUUUUGGAUUUAUAUUAAAAAAAAAAAAAAACCCAAGGAAGAAAGUGGAGAUGAGAGAUGGACACAAUUACUAAAAUUUAAAAAUUUUUUUUGGUCGUGUCCUGUUGGGUGUUUUCUGUUAGAAUAGCACGUUGCAAAUUCUUUUAUUCUUUAUGUUUAAGGGUAAUUUUUUAACAACUUCUCUCAUUUGUUUUCUCACUUUGUUCAAGUAGCAAGUGAGAUUGCUAAUAACAUUUUCAAAAAAACCCCAACAACCAAAACCACCCAAACCAAUACUCAAGUUGUCCUUGUGGUUAUAUUUUGGGCAAUAAAAAGGCCGUGUUUGGCUCAGGAGAGCUGGUUCUGGAAGCUCCCUGCUGUCUAAAGAGAAGUAGCAGCAACUCAGUGCUGGGUUUUAUCUGUGUUGAAGAUGAUGGGAGAAGACCCCAAGGUGCUCUGGAGCUCAAGCUGUUGUUUUGCCACUAUUGCUGCCUCUCCAAACUCAUCCUUCCUCUGAUGAUGCCCUUGCAGCUGGAUGCCAUAGGAUGGCACAGGGUAGGUUUGUGUGUGUUGCCUCUCCAUGGCUUCAGAGAGCCCUAAGGUUGGGGGUUUCCUGCUGCCAGCAGCUUUGCACUAUAUCCAUGGAGAAGUAUUUCAGUGUCUAUGAAUGUACAUGUACUAGAGAAGGUCUGUGUUGCACAAAUUCUGACCUGUCACUGCUAUUUAUUUAUUUUUUUAUUUUAAGAGAAAGUGUCUCCAAAUUGUUCUGCCAUUGAGUGAAAUGUAUCUAAUGCCAAAAGCUUGGGUUUUUUUACCUUGAUUGUACAUUUGACUGACAUGGUGGGGAAAAUAGGUAAACCUGUGCUGGGUAGGGCUGGGAAGGCAUUUCUGACUGCUGCUCCAGCUCUGGAUCCAAAAAGGUUGCAGAUCUGGAUCCCCACAGCACUGAACUUGAAGGAGCUCUUGCCAUGCCUUCCAUUGGCAGCAGAUUAACUCUGAGGUGUUGAGGCUUUUGUUCUCCAAGCAGCAAAGAGAACAAGUGACUUGGGGCAUGAUUUUGAACAAGCACUGUAAAAAGCAUAGUGUGUGUGUGUGUGUGAUGAGCCCAGCUGGGUGCUACUGUAGCAGUCAAGUCUUGUGAGUGGUGGUUGUGCUCCUACAAAGAGCAGGAAUCUGCAGCUUCCCAGAGAUCUGCUUUGUGUCAGUAGGCAAGUGCUAGAAAUGGAGAAAAUGUUUUCAAACAUUUCAAACAAACUUCUUCUUUAAUUAAAGAAGAAAACCCAGCUGUGGGGUGUUGUGUCUCUGGUAUUUUCCUGUGGAUAGGUUUGACAGUGAGCUGUAGCUGUAGAGAUGCUUUUGGGAGGACAGCAGCAGGCACAACGUGUUGAAUGUACUUUCAGGGUAUAAUAACUAUUUGCUGUUUUGAAACUGCUGCUACUGUUGUUUUCCUACUGUAUUGGAGCUGUUUGAUAUAUUUAUACUGUUCCAUUUGUGGAACUCCUUUAUCUCCUCCCUCUGAUCUCGCAUCCCUUACUUCCCCUACUUCUGUUACUGUGAAGGACUGGAAUUCUCGUUCCCUUGCCCCGUAACUUUGUUAUGCAUUGUGUUAGAGUUCACUUAGUUUGUGCACAACCUUCCUUGAGUUGUCAGCUGUUCUUUCCCACUUCUCAGAUAAGAACAAAGGCUUUUCUAACUUGAGUAGAAAGCAGAUCACAGAUCAAAGGAUGCUGUGGAUGUUGUUUCCAAGGUGCUUCCAGGUAAAACACCUUUUCAAAGGCUGGAGAGGGGCUAAAGCUGUGGUCAUGUAGCCAGUGUGUUGUGUUUAGUGUUGGAUGAAAUCCAGAGGGCUUGGGUUUGUCCCUUGGCUGUGACAGUGUUUCUGUGGGCCUGGGACAGGAGCUUUCCAAGUUCAGGGCUUUGCCAGGCAAGGCUGAAUGUCUGUGAGGCAGAGCUUGUAGUUGGGUUUCUUACUGAGGUUGUGAUAGAGCCUGCAGGGUGUGGAUUAAAUAUUUGCAAGUGCUGUCCAUGUCUCUCUUCCAGGCCCUCUGAGGGUGUAUGAGGGAACUGUAGACUCUGGUGUGGCAGAGGAGGAGGGAAUGUGUGUAACAAGGAGAACUGGGCUGCAGUUGUGGCCCAGAGGAGCAGCGUGGCCCCCACUUUGUGCUCAGCUGCUGAGCCGGCUCCGCUUCCCUUGCGUCUCCAGCAGGGUGUGAAUCUGUGGAGCUGGGGUUGCCUUGGGCUGCAGGAGAGCUGGGAUCUCACCUGAGGAGCUCUGCUCAUUUUCCUCAUUUCAAAUAUCCAGCCCUUCCUUCUGAGGAGGGAGAUGACACCUGUGUUGUCUGUGGGGUGAGGAGGGCAAACCCUCUGGGGUUUCAGCUGGCUGGGUGAGCUGCUGCCUGGGCUCCCUGACCUGCCUCCCCUGCUCCCAGGCUCUGGUGCUUGGUUUAGCUGCAUGUUGGCAUCCCUGGUGCUGCUCCUCCCUGGUUCAGGUGCUCAGGUAGCAUGGGGUGUGCCCUCCCUGCCAGGCUCCUGAGGUUAUUCCAGCUCCCAUUUCCCUGCAGGAAAUGCGUUUGUGUGACACCACGGUGGAAGCCAGGAGAGGAACGAUGGGUCCUGUCACUUGGGCAGGGUGGGAUGUGUGUACUGCUUUAGGAAGCACCUGGAUGGUCUCUGGUUUUAAGGUUGAUACUGUUAGCACUUUGUUUUGUCUUCCCUCCCCCUCUCUGUCCUCUCCCCAGCCAAGGGGGGCUCCUUGCAUGGUGACACCUGGGGGGUGGUUACAGUCCAGCUCGAUUCCCUCCGCUCAAGAAUGGCUUUGUACAAGGUGAUUGAAGUGUCUCAAGUCGCAUGGUUCUCCUUGCCUGGAAUCUUGGGGAGUUCUGGAUCUGUGCUCCUGCUCACCCGAUGCCUGUUCUGUAAAAGUAGGGCGUAUUACAAAUUCAGAGUGAGAAUUUGCACUUUCCUGAAGAGUUUCUGUGUACUGCUAUGUGGAUUUAGCUGAAUGAAGUGUUAUAAGUAAUAAAAUAUUCCCUUUGUAGUCUCAA